AACUUGUUCAUGAGAUUUCAGAACUCCCAAUGGAACUUAUUCAUCCAUAUCCUUCAUGUUUUCAUUCAGUUCUUUGCCAUAGAGGAAUGCCCACUUUAACAAAGCAACAUAUCAGAGUCAAGCAAAGCAGGCCAAUCAAUGUUAUAUGCAUCAAUUCGAAAGCAAUUGAGGUUCAUGCAAAUCAACGGCGAUCAGCUAACUAUCAUCCUACCAUUUGGGAUCCCAAGCACAUCGAGUCAUUUAGCACGCCCUAUACAUAUGAAUUAUAUGGCCACACGUUGGAGGAGUUGAAGAAAGAAGCUACAAGUUUACUUAAAUCUGAAAGAGAACCUUCAGCUCAAAUGAAGCUUAUUGAUUCAAUACAGCGACUAGGAGUGGCCUACCAUUUUGAGGAAGAGAUCCGAGAUAGCAUAGAUCAUGUUCAUGAGGCUGUGAUGGGUGAUUUAUACACUACUUCACUGCAAUUUCGACUUCUAAGAGAACAUGGUCAUUCAGUUAGUUCAGAUCUGUUUAACAAAUUCAAAGAUAGGAAUGGAAGAUUCAUGGACAGCUUAAGCAAGGAUGCAACAGGUCUUUUGAGUUUAUAUGAAGCUUCACACCUUGGAAUGAACAGUGACGAUGGCUUAAAAGAAGCAAAGAACUUCAGUAUUAAACAUCUAGUGUCAUUGGCUGAUAAGUUGGACAAUAAUUUAGCUGAGCAGGUCAAGCAAUCCUUGCAAACACCACUAUACUGGAGAAUGCCAAGGUUGGAAGCCCGGAAAUUCAUCGAUCUCUACCUAGUGGACGAUGAAAUGAGCUUAAUUCUGAGCAAAUUGGCCAAGUUGGAUUAUAAUCUUGUGCAAUCCACACAUCAGCAAGAACUAAAGGAACUUACAAUGUGGUGGAGAAACUCAGGAUUUAAAGAAAACUUGAGCUUUUCACGGGAUCGUUUGAUGGAAAAUUAUUUGUGGGCAAUGGGAAUAAUUUAUGAGCCCCGGUUCUCCAAAAGCAGGAAAGGCCUUACCAAGAUGGUUUGCAUAUUAAGCGCGAUCGACGACAUGUAUGACAUUUAUGGAUCAUUAGAUGAGCUUGAACGCUUCACUAAUGCAGUAAAUCGAUGGAGCAUCGAGGCCAUGGAGGACCUUCCUGAGUACAUGAAGCUGUGUUACUUGGCCAUGUUCAAUUUCGGAAAUAAAGUUGCCGAUGAUGUUCUGAAAGAUAAUGGUCUGAAUGUUCUUCCCUACAUUAAAGAAGAGUGGACAAAUCUUUGUCGGUCAUAUCUGCUAGAAGCACAAUGGUUUUACAGUGGUCAUACACCAACACUGGAAGAAUAUUUUAGAAAUGCUUGCACGUCCAUAGGUGGUCCAAUAGCCAUAUUCCAUGCUUACGUGCUGCUAGGGUUCCCCGUAACAGAAAAUUCUCUCAACUGCUGCAAAUUUGGCUCAGAGACAAUUUAUUGGUCAUCUCUCAUUACCCGAAUUUGCGAUGAUUUGGGCACUUCCAAGGCUGAGAUUGCAAGAGGAGAUGUACCAAAAUCCAUCCAGUGUUACAUGUUCGAAGAGAAAGUAUCUGAAGAACAAGCAUACCGUCACAUGAAGAGUCUAAUAAUCUCCUCGUGGAGUAAUCUUAAUGAUACAAUUGCAAGAAAAUCUCAACCUCAAUCCCUAGUAAGGAUGUUAUUAAACAUGGCAAGGACUGCUCAGUGUAUCUUCCAAAAUGGAGAUGGUAUUGGGACAUCAACUAGAGAGACAAAAGAUAUCUUAACCUCACUAAUUGUCAAACCCAUUCCGAUUGAGCAACUGUACCCUAGCAUGAUGGACUCGGCUCAUGCUUGGGUUGACUCAGUUACUUUCUCCAGCAUUUAGUUGACAGCUUUGCUCUGAGAAUCAGUCUUGCCAAAAGAAGUAAAGGUUGUCUACUAUUUAUAUGUCUAAGGUGCCCCUAGAAGUGAAGCCUUUCGCAUGGGGUAUGACGUAUUUUUUUUGGAUACUUUUCUAUGCAAAUCAUCCCUCUGCAUCCUUUAUUCAGGCACUAUGGUAGAUUGAUUGUCUUGUGACUGCUUGAAUGUAACGUAGUGUUUGUUAGAAGAGUGGAUGUAUGACAAUGGGGGCCGAACCAUGUAUACACGUGGUGUGGUGUGUUUCUAAUGCGAAUUUCCUCUUUUAUGAGCAUAAAUUGAAUGUAAGAGUUGACUC